UUAAAAUUUUGUCUAAGUGAAAACCGGAAUUUUUUGCUAAGAAUCCUAGAUUUUGAAUUCUUUGGUUCGGGCUUCCUGUGYAUAUUCCAGCGGUCUUCCACAUGAACKACAACAAGAUGGCUGCCGAAGGUGUCUUGUAUUUAUGUCUUUUUGCACAAGAACAUGKGGACUUYAGAGUGCCGGAAGUGAUAUCCAUAGCAUCUUUACAUGGUAUAAACCUGGAAUGCAAAGAUGGUUAUAAGAAUGAGGUACAUCCAUUCCUAAAAGUGACAUUGCCAUGUGAAGAUGAUGCCAAUAAAUUAUUAUCCAGAUCUCUAUCUAUCAAAUCUCUGUAUGAGUUGUGGGGAAGUGGCAAAACAUUAGAUGAUCUAUGUGAGCAACUGAGAAAAUACCCAAUUAACAAGAUAAAACCAUAUGGUAAUGAAGAAUCUUCAUUUAGAAUAAAUGUUGAGACAUACAAUAAAAAAAUACCACAGUCCAAAAGAAAUCUAUUCUAUGAGACCUUAUCAUUUCUGCCUUUGGAAGGAAAGAUUAAUUUGGACAAUCCUGAUCACAUAUUUUCUUUAAUACUUGACUUUGGUGAAGAUUCCAAUGAAGCUUCGGAAGAGCCCUGUAUAUAUUACUUUGGACGUUUGAUAGGUAAGGGACAAAGACAUAUAUGCCAGAAGUACUCGUUAAAAACCCGUCAUUUCAUUGGGAACACAUCGAUGGACCCUCUGCUCUCCUUUCUCAUGGCUAAUCAAUGUCAGGCAAGGCCUGGGACUUUAGUAUAUGAUCCAUUUGUUGGGACAGGAAGUACCUUAUUAUCUUGUGCUCAUUUUGGUUCUCGAGUUUUUGGUAGUGACAUUGAUAAAAACAUUAUCCAAGGACGAGGCAAGUCUUCRCGUGCCAACUCUAAAUGCAAGUGGAGAGCAAGAGAUGAGGUGAUUCGUACCAACUUCAUCCAAGCGGGUUUGGAGAAUUUGUUUCUAGAUGUUAUGGUGGCCGAUGCUUCUAGACCCGUGCUGAGAGCCACUCCUCUUUUUGAUGCUAUCGUAACAGAUCCACCUUACGGGGUUCGGGAAGGAGUUCGUAUACAAGAAGCGGAUAAAACGGUCUUGGAUGAAAACAGGUCGGAGCCGGCAUACCCUGCUAUCCGUCUUGGACGGCUCUCUGAUGUUAUUCUCAGUCUACUUCAUUUUGCUUCUCAGUAUCUCACACUUCAAGGGAGACUUGUAUUCUGGCUUCCAGUCCACAGACCAAGUUAUUCCAAGGAGAAGGUACCUCGACACCCAUGCUUCACACUAGUAGCAAACAGUGAACAGCGUUUGUUUACCAACAUAUCAAGACGUCUUAUUACGAUGGAAAAAACGAAGGACUACAUGGAUUCAAUAACGAUGGAGUCACUACUUGGUAAAAACAAAGACUUUGAAAAGAUGUGCGAUAAUUUUCGAGAAAAUUACUUUAGUUCUUCAUCAAGCUGACAAGUGUAAGUCAUCGGUCAGGAUGGAUUCUCAUUCAAAUAAACAGUUUGACUAAAACCAAAUCUUUGACCUUUACGUGGUUAUGACAUUGGAGGUGGAAUUGGGCUACCCGAUACAUGCUCUCUGUUCUCGUGCUGGCAAUAUAUGAUAUCAUUUCCCAAAAAGGCUACUCUAAUUUGUAUAUAAAUGGUCUUAGGAAAGGCUGAUAUUAAACGAAAUGUAUAACGACA